ACAGAUGUGCCUGCGGCCAUUACUAAUUUAAAAAAACUCAAAGAUCAAACUCCUGAAAAGAAGAAAGAAGAGAGUUUUAAAGAGGUUUUAAAUAGUGAUUCUACGGUUAAAAAUGUAAUUGAAACCCUUAUUAAUAAUGCUCCUGAUUUAGAACCAGAGGAAAAAACCGAGGCCAAAACUGAACUGGUUCCAAUAAUUUUGGUAGCUAAUACUUUAAAAAAUGAUGCUGAUCAAGAAAAGCAAAAAAUAGGUAAUUUAAUGAAAAAAUAUAAUGAAUUUGCUUAUAAAAGUAAUGAAAACUUGAAAGAUAUGAAUAAAACGGAGGAAUUACAAGCACAGUUAAAAGAUUUGGAAAAAUAUGUUAAGGAUUCAGGUGAAAAACAUACAGAAUUUACUAAAUUAAAGCCUGCUGAGCAAGAAGCGGUUAUCAAAUUAGUUAGUAGAAUAGAAGCUAGAAUAAGUAUGAUGAUUAGAGUUCAAACUGUUGAAACUACCCCAUUACCAGAUAUAUCCUAUCUUGUUAUAUUUGGGAUUAUUACUUUAAUAAUGGUUUUAGGAGGAGCAAUAUUUUACUUCGUGCAAGGUGUGUACGGAAAAGAAUCAGAAAUUAAGUAG